GCCACCUCCUUUUCUUCCCGUUUACGUGUUUGAUGUGACGAUGGACAGGAAACUGCUCCUUCGAAACAACAAAAUAUAGAAGACGCAUAUAUAUGUAUUUGCGUUGGCGCUUCCACGCGUCACGUCUCCACAAAUUAUGUCCAGUCCUGUUGCGUCCCUCUCCUCUUCGCACGUGCAGGUUCCACUGCUCAUCCCAGCCGAGCUGCGCGACAGUGUCUUGAAUGGGGCGGCCGAAAUCGUGGUUGAGAACGGCGCACGCCGCCGCUGCUUCCUGCACAUCCACAGCGAAGAAGAGCGCGUCACCGCCGUGGAAUCAUCGACGGAUCCGAACGACGUGGUGCGCCGCGCACACGAACGGUGGCUGGAAGAACUUCGUUGGGCACGCGCGGUGCUGUGGGACGACCACCGCCUUCGCCGUUUUGUGCGCCACGGGAACCACCUCGUCUGGCCGGCACAGGAGCACGUGGACAAGGUUGCCGCGGUGGUGCGUCAGCUGAUCGUGUGCGACGAGGACGGCGGUGCCGCGGCGUUGAAGCGCGCGAAUGACAUUGCGCGUGCGUCGGAGAUUCUGGCGAGGGAGGCCGCGCAGCCUGGGCUGCACCUGCUGAGGGACUCCACGCUGCCCGGACAGGCCGUCCUCUACAAAGUGGAGCAGACACGCAAGCGGGAGCGCGACGCUUCUGCGCCGUCCAUGCCCUCGGUGCUGUCACGCGUAGAUGGCGAGGCGGUGGAGGCGGCGGCGUGGAUCGCAGAGGUAAACCAGCUUUCGCACGCCGUCUCUGCGGUGCUUCAGCUGCAGCUCGCCGCAGCUCCGUUGAGGCGUCUGGUGGAGCUUUUGCAAAAGCCAUCUGCUGUGCCAUCCUCUUCCCCCUCUUCCACUCUUGCCGUGCGGCAGCGGUGGAAGGCGUUGGUGGAUCAGCACCGUGCGUGGGCCGAGUAUCAGUCGCUCUUUGCGGACGUUGCCGAGAUCUGCCGAAGCUGGGGGAUGUCGGAGACCUGCGUCGCCCGGGAGGUGGACGCGGCGAUCGGAGCCGGAUGCUGCGUGCACCUUCGCACCGGCGUGUACAUGAGUGUCCUUCACAGGCGAAAUCUUUUUCUCCUCCUCAGUGCCCGUCCGCGGAAGUUGGAGAGCGUUACAGCGGCGGAGCAACACGCCGUGGAAGCCGCGGUGUCGCCGCACACGUGGGUUCAAUGCCUUGACGAGGGCCUCGUGCGUGUUGUUCCGACUCCCACUAACGGCGUCGUGCCGGCUGCCUUGGAGCCCACCAUCCGUCAACUCUUUCUGAGUCCGACGCUGAGUGCGGUUCCUCUCGGCGAGUGCUGCGCUGUCUCGGACCUUAUUUCGGUAGGUGCGGACAUGCAGCUGGUGAAACUGUCCUCGUCGUUUAACCCCUACGUUGUCGUGCACGGCAGCCGCGUGGACGGCGGGUUUGCGGGGGAUAUGCCGUACUACCAAAGCCUGCAGCGGGAGCGCGAUCGUCUCGUGGAGGAGCGGACCAACGAGCAGUUGCGCCGCGGCAGCGCCGAGCCCUCUCCUCGUGGUACUGCCAGCGCUGGCACGAGUGGCAGCAGUGUGAAGGCUGCCUCUUCGAAUUCGACAGCUCCGCAAAAGCGGCAACCUGUGUCCACUGCGGCAAGCGACGCGACAAACUACCUCUUCAAGCGGUCUCUCGUUUCGGUGCUCGCGAUCGCGCCGUCGUCGAAGGCGGAAAUCCAGCAGCACCCGUCCAUGCAGCAGUUCAAGAGCGAGGCCAACUUCGACGCGUUGCUCAAUGCGAAGCUCAAGGAAGUGGCCGAGUUUAAAGGACGAAAAUACCAGCUGCGUAGUUGA